AUGAUGAAGUAUUUGCUGGUAUUUGCAAUUAUUACCACAAGAAUCCCUGUGUUGUUAGUAAUUGGCAGUGAGGAUAACCGUGUUCCAGGAGACAAGAAGUUGACGAAAGAGGGAGCAGCGGCACUCUGUAAAAUGAAGCAUCUUGCUGAUAAAGUUGCAGAGAAAGGAGCAGAGGACUUGAAGAAGAAAACUCAAAAUUUUGCUGGUUUUAUAGAGUUUGAGCAGGAGAAAGUUGAUAACUGGUUGGAGAAGCUGAGAAACCGGAAACAGUAUAGCGACGGCUACGCUAAGCUAUCUGAUUCUGACGUUGAAAAAGUGAAGGAGAUAUUCGACAAGGCAAAAGAUGGAAUAACUAAACAACUCCCAGAAGCGGAGAAAGAGGCUAGAGAAGCUGAGAGGCUGUACGAUGAAGUGAAGAAGGCGGCACAGGAUGCACGCGGACAGGAUCUUGAUGACGAUACGGCGAAGUCCACGGGCUUGUACAGGGUGCUGAAUUGGUACUGUAUCACCAAAGACAACAACAAAGAUAUCACCCACAAUUGUGACGAUGGGAUCAAAUUCAGAGAUCAUUAUCUGUCGGUGAAUAGAAGCGCUAUUGACUGCAGCAGCACCGGCUAUAAGGAGGAUUAUGAUUGGUCUGCGAACGCGCUGCAGUCGGCUUUGAAUGACUGGGAGAAUGUGAAGCCAAAGGAAGUAAAACCAGAGAGCGGUGGUAAUGACGUGUGCAAAAAGGACGAAUCUUCCGAGAGCCAUCCGUGCACCAUGACAGGAGGGUGGCAGACUCACUACAAGGAUAGUAUAUUGAAGUUGAAAGAACUUGAAGAUGCGCACAAAAGGGGAAAGGCGGCUCAUGAUGCUAUGUUGGGUUACGCUAAUACUGCACAUGCGGCGAACACGAAAGUGGAACAGGAAAAGCCGCUGGCAGAGGUGAUAACGGCAGCCAAGGACGCAGGGAAAAAGGGCGCGAAAAUUAUAAUACCCGCAGCUGCCCCAGCAACAUCAACCGAUAGCACAAAAAGUGAAGAUAGUGCUCCAGCCGAGCAUGUUGAUAGAGGGAUUGCAACAAAUGAAACACAGGUGGAAGUUGGUAUUGAUGCUGACUUUGAUAGUCUGCUGGAGGCCGCUGAAGCUGCCGAAGUAAAAAGCAGACAUCAGAGAACAGCAAUGAUUAUAUUGGCAGUCCUUGUACCUGCCAUUAUUCUGGCUGCGGCCGUUGCAUUCUUCAUAAUGGUGAAACGAAGGAGGAAUAGCUCCCAGGAUGUGGACACUGGAAAAGCGGAGGGUGGGGUUUCUAGCGUAAAAGUAGUAAUGUAG